AUGACUAUCCGGCCCCCGACGACUAUCUGGCCCCCAACAACGAUCCAAGCCCCCGACGACGGAAAAAAGCAGGCAAAUAUAUUAAGCUGGAGACAGGACAUAGCCCUAGAAGAUAUGACGAUCGCCAAAACGAUCGCCAAAAGCCUGGGUCCACCUCCUGCUGCUCUUCUUGUGAAGAAUGUUGGACGACGAUCAAAUGGUGAACGCCUUCAUUUCUGUCUCAAUUGUGACUUUCCAAUAGCUGCUUAUGGCCGUUUGAUUCCUUGUACCCAUGUCUUCUGUCUUAGCUGUUCAGAGAGUACAAAAAAUUGCUUUGUAUGUGAAGAAAGUAUAGAAAUCGUUGAGACUAUCAAACGGACCGAUGAUCUGUUCGUGUGUUCAUCUCCUCUGUGCCUGAAGUCAUUCGUAAUAAAGGACAAAUUCGAAUCGCACGUUCGUGAAAGCCAUGGUAAUGUUCUUAAGCCUAGCAGAGAGAACGAAAAUGGAAAUGGAUCGUUGGAUGCUAUGAAACAGAAGUCGCCAGCAGCAGCAGCAGCGGUUUCUUCCGAAUCAGCAACUGUUAUAGACCUCCUCCCACCCCCAAAGCCAGCAGCUGCUGCUGCUUCUGCUUCUGGGUUGGAUUCAAAACUUGUUAUGGGCCCACCACCGCCAAGGGCGGCACCUGCUGCUGCUGCUUCUGGUUUGGAUUCAAAACUUGUUAUGGGCCCACCACCGCCAAAGGCAGUACCUUUCUCCUCUCCUAUACCCGUGACUAAAAUUCACGACCGAGAAGACCAAUGUCAUCGGCCAUUGCCGAGAGACCCACCUUAUCCGAUUCCCAUGAUGCAGCAGCAACAGCAGCAUCAGCAGCAGCAACAACCGAGGCCAUUCUUUCGGCCAAUAGGUUGCCCCCCAAUACAACAAAGUCAUCCUGUUCUUCAUCCUGCUCCUGCUCCUCCUCCUCCUCAUAAUUUCUUUGUGCCAAUAGCACCUCCCCCGCAGAUAAUCUAUGGUGGCCCUCCAUAUGAUAUGGGUCGGUUGGGUUUGGGGUCACAUGACAAUAGACCAUCCAUUUUGGGGUUCCCGCCAAAUAUGCAGCCUCUUCAUCCUCCUCGUGGUGUAUUCCCGUUGCAGGGACCGAUGAUUCAUCCUCCGCAUCAAGGUGGUGGUGGUGCCGGCCGUGGAGAAUGGGGAAAUAAUAAUGAUGGAAGAGGUUUGGGGCGGUGGAACAACUGA